CAGGGUUCCAGUAUGACGAGGAGCUAGCACAGUAGCCUAGCAUAAGAUAUUUCAUUUGGUGAAACUUAAAACAUGGAGCAGUUUGUUUCAACUGUGAAAUGUCUCACAGACAACCUGCUGCAGAGACAGAUUACAGACUAUGAUGAGGUGAUAGAGAAGCUCUUUUUUGAAGUGUCUGGUCUGGAGGCUUUUCCAAAAAUACCAGAUCCACAGCUUGAGGAGUGUGCCAUCCAGCUGUGGAACUGGGCGGUUACUAAGAAUGUGGGCGCUUCUCUAAGUAAAAAUCAGAAAGCCAAAGUGCGUCACAUUGCAUGCAGUCUGUUAUACCGCUGUGAGCCCGAGUAUCCAACAGAGGGCAUUGUUCGCAAGCAGAUCUUGAUGGCCAGCAAAGCAGGAAGAACCUGGCUAGACUGCAAAAAUACCCAGAUGGCAGAUCAUUUCUUAAAGCUCGCUGUCAAGGUGAAGAAAAACGAACACUCAAAACGAGGGAGAGAUUCCAUCUAUUUAAGCUUAGAGCAAGCAGAAAUAUGUUGCCUUCACAAAUUACUCAACAUACAACAUCCUCAGAGUCUGGAAAACCUCUACAGCCAACUAACGUCCAGAGGCGACGCCGCACCUGACAUCACUUCGGCCAAGGCGGAUGUGGAGAAGGACCUACUUCGAAUUCUGUCAUACCAGGCAGAAUCGGCCAUUAGUCAAGGGAAUAACCAAGAAGCUGUUGUCAACAUGCAGCGUUGUAAAGACAUGUUGCUGCGCCUCCCAAAAGAUACUGCGUACCUGUCCCUCAUGUGUUACAACUUUGGAGUUGACACUUACAAUCUGGGAAAGUUUGAAGACAGUGCGUUUUGGUUGAGCCAAAGCUACGACAUUGGGAAAAUGAAUGUGAAAUAUGCCGCUGGACCAGAAGUCCAGGCCAAGGUUUUGCGGCUCCUCGCCACAGUUUAUUUAGAGUGGAACUGCCAGAUGUUCCAGGAGAAGGCUCUUAAUGCUGUCAGCUUAGCCAACAAGGAAUGUGCCAGCGCAUCUGGACUGUACUUAAAGAUCAGAAUACUCCUGAGAUGCGGGGCCUCAGACAAUCAUAUCAGAGCAGGACUUAAUGAGAUGCUGGAAUCAGAGGUUUCUCUUGAUGUAUGUCUGAGCGCAGUGAAACUACUCAUGUCUGAAGACAGAGAAGUGCUGGCAUUUGAGUAUUUGAAACGCGUGUGUCAGCACUUCGAGUCGUCUCCUGACCUGGGAACUGCUCUCGUCUUGCACAUUGAGCUGCUGCUGCAGAGGGGCAAGGAGCUGCUGGGAAAACAGAAGAUAGAGGAUAUCAUCACCGGCCACUAUGCAGGUAAACAGCUGUCUCCACAAGCCCUUACAAGUCUACAUGUCAUUCUGUGGGACAAAGCAUCCAAGCACUUUGAGGCGAAAACCUACUCUGAGGCUCUUCAGUGGUAUAACUACUCCCUGAGCUUCUUUAAAGCAGGCCAAACGGAGCCCAACUUAGCCAAACUGCAAAGGAACAGAGCUUCCUGUUUCCUGCAGCUGAAGCAACUGGAAAGGGCCAAAGAAGCAAUUAAAGAAGCAGAGAGAUGUGAUCCUGACAGCAUCUUCACUCAGUUCAGUGUGUAUAAGAUCGCUGUUAGAGAGAACGAUGUGAAAAAAGCUGCAGAUGCAGUGAAUGCAAUGGGACUCCUGUCCAAGAGUCCUAUAGCCAGUGAGGACAGACUGCUUGUAUCUGAGACUGCAGCAUCCAAUCUCCUCAGUUUGGCCGCUCAGAUUGCUUUGGAGAAUGAACAGCAGGAAACUGCCGUGACGGCGCUGGAGAGUUUAUGUGAAAACUCCAAAGAUGAAGCUCAGGUUCUGACUGCUCUGAGGUGUUUGGUUCGACUCGUGCUCUCUACAGUAGAAAAAACGAGUGAAGAGAUGAGGAACGAGAAUCUGGAUGCCCUGCUGCCAUAUCUAAAAAUGGCUCUGCAGACAGUUUCACACCAGUCUCACAUGACUGCUGAGCAACGCACAGAGGAAGCCAACUGGUUCAGAAAGAUCGCUUGGAACUCGGCUCUGCAGUGCGAGAGCAGCCCUGACAGAAUGAGGGAUUUCUUUGUUCUCUCUUACCAGCUCUCUCAGCUGUGCCCCCCUGAUCGCACGCUGCUCAUGGGCCAGAAGACUUGUCUGCUAAUGGCUGCCGCUGCCUCUCUGGAGCUCUGCAGGACGUCUCCUCACUCAGACCAGACUGAGGAGCUCACCGGGGCCCUGGAGCACGUUCAGAUCUGUUGGGAGAUUUGGAAAACCUUGAAAGCAUCAGGAAGCUUCCCAAUGGACCCCACAGACACACUGCUGCUGCUGUAUGAGUUUGAAGCUCGUGCUAAGCUGAACGAUCCCAAGGUUGCGACGGUGCUGGAAUCGGUCCUGGAGCUGGAAAAUGUGGAAACCAAAGUGCUAGAGACCAUCGCAGCUUUAGCCAUGGAGCCUCCAGCCCACUUCCCUCUCCUGUGUAAGAAGGCUCUGAGGGUCGCCCUCUCUCUGCACAAGAAACAACCACAAGCUGACCUGGCCCGCUGCAGCAAGUGUCUUCACAGCCUGAUCAAGCUGUCCCUCCCAAGCGGCGUGACCGAGGUGGAGGCCCAUGUGCUCGUGGAGGUGUGGGACUACUAUGAGGAGGCCCUGUCCAUCAUCGCAGCCGCACCGGACGACUUCCCAGAGAUGGAGACCCUGUGGCUGCUGACUCAAGCUUGGAACACGGGCAUAAAGUUGUACAGCUUGGCUCAGUACCCCGAAGCGGAGAAGUGGUGCGGCCUUGCCAUGAGCUUCGUCCACCACCUGGGAACUCUGCAGGAGAGCUAUGAGACACAGAUGUCUGGUCUCUACACGGAAAUCCUGGACCGACUGGACAAAGCAAAGAAAAAGCUCCUCAUGGAAGAAUAGACAAACUGGACCGUUAGUAGCUGUUGUCAGCCUGGUGUUAUACUCCUGAAGGUAUAUUUAAAUGGCUUAGUUCAAGCUGAUGUUCUUAAUGUUACAAACAAAAUGUUCAUCAGAUUUACUGCUUCCACUAUGUAUGUGGGACCCCAGUAGACGGCCACGUUCGUUACAAUAUCGAUUUGACAUUUGUUCCAUUCCCCCCUUUGUCACUACUUGUCAAUAAAAGCUGAAAGGCCAAGAAAUAAUCCAAUUUCUAUAUUUGCAAUAAUUCAAUUAUUUCCAAAGCCAACGAGUGGCUCAAAGCAGAAUAACAAGCACAUCGAAAUCAUAACUGAGUCACAUAUUUUAUUUUCAAACAAAUAAACUCUUGUCAAGUCCCAAAAUAAAACCCAAACAAAAGUUGCAGGACUGUGUUCCCUCAUGACUAGGACAGGGAAGACCAUGAGGCCAAGUGUCCUGAUAGGCUGUACCACCUGCAGUGACAGGAAGGAAACUACUGUACAAUCAAAGGGUUCAUGUUUGCAAGCACUUACUGCACAGAUGUGCUAUAACAUAAACAUAUCAUCACCCCAAAGUACAAACAAGAACCCUGACCCCCCCCACACCCCCCCAACCCAACCCAACCCAACCCAAAAAAUAAAAGCAUAUAUGUCGUCAUUUCUCUCAUCAGAACAAAGACCCUCAUCAAUUAUACACACACGGAGGCAUUCAGGUUCCAUCUCGUUACCACAACCUCAAUGGAAAGAGUAAAAUGAAAUCAAGUUCUUUGGGCUUUGACAUGGCUGACUGAGGUAUGAAUACCACACACAUUGUUAACAGUCAGCUGUAUUUCAACUAAACACCAGAGAGGACCAAUUCUAAACCUCUAAUAAUGUAUUGAUCAAUGCUCCUGGUUUUUGUGAUAUUGUGUAGGUUUCUGCCUGCAUCAUUUUAUUUUACAAUAUAUACUUUUUUUUUUUUUUUAAAUCUAUACACCCAGACACGUUCCACAAGAAAUCACAUGUAGACAGGCCCUACUCGAGGGAACCGAAUCCCCCAACUGACUAGUUAAGUGUUCCAAUAGGCAUUUGAAGAGAAAUACCAACAAUACAGCACAUUUGUAUGGAAAUUAUUUCUCGAAGAGUAGCUCAAACUUUACUUACCUGACAUUUGUGGUCUAUAAAACAUGUUUGUCCCAGUUUUGAUUCACACAUGCAUGAAGCACAGGUGAGGGGGAUUCUGCUGGGGGCUUAUUUACAUUGUACAGCUACCACACCCUUUGAAACAGUCUGCAAGCAGUUUAUAAAUGGCUCUGUUCCCUUCGGUUAUUCCCUGAACUCUGGUUUUGACACAGGUAAUGACAGCUGGUUUAGCAGUGGUGCCUGGCAGGUGGGCACACCUGUUCAGAAAAUGCCUGCAGGUACAGGUGCUCUGUGGGUGGGAGAGAGCAAGGGACCCCAGAGGUCUAGGUUAACACUUGUUGUUGGGUCUGGCUCUCUGAGAAGAAAAAGAAAAUCCCUUUGCACUCUUUCAAAAAGAAAAAAAAAAAAAAGAAGAAAAAGCUGAGGAAGGAAGGAAGAAAGAAAGAACGUUGGCAGGAUCGGGGGCCACGGCGCUCCUCCUUCAGACUCUUGACAUGCACACAUUCACAUACAGCGCCACGGUCUGCACGGGAGGGCGGAGCAGGUCUGUUCAGUCCUGGUGAUGCCGUAACAGCCUCGAACGAGCUCUCGGCCUCGCGGAAAAAAGAGAAGACUUAUAGUACGACCUGAUCAACACGGUCCAGAUGAAAUCGCCUGCAAUUAGACGACCGUACCUCGAGUACGCGUUUGUUCACAUUUGGCUGCUAUGAACUCUGUGUCAUCGCCCAAACUCGGCCUUUCAGUCACAGGGGACGUGGUAUCUGUACGUUAAGAUUCCUGAGCUGGCCUAGCUCACCCCAGACACGCUAAGAGCUCAACACAGUGGUUCAGCACCUGCCGACAACAGAUUCACUAAGAAUUCAUACGUUAUAGAUACACAAAGCAUGUGAGGUUUCACUCAAACCCAACUUUAGUGUUGUAUUUGGUAGGGGGACAUGGGGACAAUCCAAAACAGGUUAUGUUGACUCUUUAAUCGUAAGGACAUCCAAUACAAUUAUUGUCUUGUUCUACCCGUUUUAAGGCCGCCGUCAUGGCGGCAGAUAGGACAGUACCAUGUGACCAAUCAGAAGAGAAUCCUCUGGGAAGGCAGAGAGUGUAAUAGGGUGGUCUGCUGCUCAACAUGAGUUAGGAGGCUCUGGCUGUCCAAACUGUAGUCCAAUGGCCAAAUUAUCCUUUAGUUACUCAGGAAAAAGGUUGAAGCACGGGGGAGAAAAGGCGCCCACAGCGGCCAAGACUUUUUUUUUUUUUUUUUUUCUUAAAUCUAUUGCACUCAAGUCAGGCCUCCCGACAGUUGGAGGACACAAAAAAGUAAGGAAAGAAGUUUCCUCUCAAUUGUGUGCAGCCUCCCUCACAGACAACAGGUAGUCACAAAACAGAAUUUGUAUUUGAUGUAAGGCAGUUUGGUGUUUUGCAGAGAGCCCAGUUACACUUCUCUACCCCCGUCCUUUACACAGAGCAGCUAAAAACCACGAGCAAAAAAUCCCACAAGAAAGGAAGAAAAAAAACAAACUAAACCAAAGAACAAAAAUGAAUUCUAACAGCCCUCCAAAUUGACAAUUCUAGUGAAGUGUAAAAUGUGUAGUUUUUAAUAUGUAGUAAAAUCUCAGUAGGAUUUUAUCAUUUAUCUUGUGAUUUCAUAAUAUAAAUGUAGAGAUUCACAACGCAUUUCUUCCUCUCGAUCUGCCUCCCAAGAUGUCUUUAUCGGCUGCAGCACAGACAACUGGCAGACGACCAAACAGCAAGCUGGUUUGUGAUAAAUAGAUCACCAGUUUGUAGGCUCCUCCACUAAUUUCCUCAGUCAUUAUAAACAAGAGAGAUGACUCCUUGAACAGUACCAUCAGCAGGGCUCGAUUUUAUCCAGUCUUUUUAGAAAAAAGAAAAACAAAUCUCAAUUGGUCUUCAACUUCUCAUCUUGCGCGUCUUUUUAAAUGUGAUUUGAUGAACAUUUACAAAGUGUUCCAACUUGGUAUGAUUUGUCUCUGUUCCCCUGCAACUUCUUUUUGAAUCCCAACUCCUCUCUCCUGAUUUCUGUAAAACAUUCUGAUCUUCAGUCAGUCCCAGUACACAAAAAGGAUUUAUUCCUUUUUCCCUUUUGUUUUCAUUUGACAAAUUCCUUUGGAAUGACAUUUCCAGUCUUGAAUGGAUUUGUUGAGAAACUCAUGCAGGGGUGUGCACAGUCACAGUAAUGGUGAUAAGACUUCUUUUUCAUUUAGAGAGUAACAUAAUGAUGACACUAAAACUUGAUAUGAAACAUAUCUGCAAAAAGGAGGUGAGGAGGGGGAAUUUUUGGGCUUAGGUGGGGUCUCUGGGAGGCAGGUGGGGAGCUCUGCGUGGAUGCAGAGGGGACGGCAGGGAGCUCAGAGCUUCUCUGAGGAGGGGAUCCAGAUGUAGGGUCCGGACUGCUCCUCGAUGAUUAGCUUGAUUUUGUUGUAGAUCUCCUCUAGUGAGUCACCCUGUACGAUAGCUGU